GGCGGAAGGGGGGCAACCCGCGCUUUCCGCCUAUUGCGGCGAGUCCGGGGGCGCAGUCGGCGCGGGCAUCCCGUCCGCGCGUGGGGACACGAGGUCCUCUCCCCUGCCUCCUCCCCGCGCCCCUCCUUCUUCCUGCGCUACAAGUAGCCGAGGCCCCAGAACUCCUUGCAGAAGUUCUCCCGGCCUCACAAAGAGCAGGCUUUUCGCAGCCCCGGAACUGCCGGGUGCCGAAGAGCUCGGGGCCCGGGCGCCGCCCGCCGCCUGCGCCCCGCUCCCGCCCGCCCGGCGCCCGCUCACGGUUCUGUCGCCCCAGGUGCCCGCGCGGAGCAGCGGCAGCAGAUGGCGUCCGGAGUGGGCUCAAUGAAGCGCAGCCUGAGAAGGAUGCUGCGCCCUGGGGAGAGGCAGGAACCCCAGGGCGUGCUCUACCAGGGCGUGGGGGAUGCCAUGGACGCCUCCAAGGACUCCUUUAAGGUGGUGUUUGAAGGAAGCGCAAGUGAAUUAAAAAGCUGUAUGAAGAAGCCAAAGAAAUUACACAAAUACGAUGAUGUGAACGCCUCCCCCUUGCAUCACGCUGCAGAAGAAGGUCAAGUGGAGCUGAUGGACAUGAUUAUCCAUGACUCCUCUUGUGAAGUGCUGAAUGUGAUGGAUAAUUAUGGAAAUACCCCUCUGCACAGGGCUGCAGAGAAAAACCAGGUUGAAAGUGUUAAGUUUCUUCUUAGCGAAGGAGCCAACCCAAACCUCCGGAACAGGAACAUGAUGGCACCCCUCCAUCUCGCUGUGCAAGGCUUGCACAACCAGGUGGUGAAGGUCUUGAUUGAGCACAGCAGUACGAAUAUUAAUUUGGAAGGAGAAAAUGGAAAUACAGCUGUGAUAAUCGCGUGCUCCAAAGAUAAUAGUGAGGCACUGCAGAUGUUGUUAAAUAAGGGAGCUAAGCCGUGUAAAUCAAACAAAUGGGGAUGUUUUCCUGUUCACCAGGCUGCCUUUUCAGGUGCCAAAAAAUGCAUGGAAAUAAUAUUAAAGUUUGGUGAAGAAAAUGGAUAUAACAGACAAGCUCAUAUUAACUUUGUGAAUAAUGGGAAAUCCAGUCCUCUCCACAUGGCAGUUCAAAGUGGUGACUUGGAAAUGAUUAAAAUGUGCCUAGACAAUGGUGCACAGUUGGAACUGAUAGAGAAUGGGAAGUGCACAGCCCUUCAUUUUGCUGCCACCCAGGGAGCCACUGAGAUUGUCAAAUUGAUGAUAUCUUCCUAUUCUGGGAGCAGUGACAUCGUGAAUGCCAGGGACGGAAAUGAGGAGACGCUGCUUCACAGGGCCUCAUUAUUUGAUCACCAUGAACUAGCAGAAUACUUAAUUUCAGUGGGAGCAGAUAUUAAUAGCACCGACUCUGAAGGACGCUCUCCUCUGUUACUGGCCACUGCUUCUGCAUCUUGGAAUGUUGUAAAUUUGCUCCUCUCUAAAGGUGCCCAUGUAGACAUAAAAGAUCAUCUUGGACGUAAUUUCUUGCAUUUGACUGUACAGCAACCAUAUGGAUUAAAAAAUUUGCAACCUGAGUUUAUGCAGAUGCAACAUAUUAAAGAGCUGGUAAUGGAUGAAGACAAUGAUGGGUGUACCCCUCUCCAUUACGCAUGCAGACAGGGGGUCCCUGUCUCGGUAAAUAACCUCCUUGACUUUAAUGUGUCCAUUCAUUCCAAAAGCAAAGAUAAAAAAUCACCCCUACAUUUUGCAGCCAGUUACGGGCGUAUCAAUACCUGCCAGAGGCUCCUGCAAGACAUGAGUGACACGAGGCUUUUGAAUGAAGGUGACCUUCAUGGAAUGACCCCUCUCCACCUGGCUGCAAAAAAUGGCCACGACAAAGUGGUUCAGCUUCUCCUGAGAAGAGGUGCCUUGUUUCUCAGUGACCACAAUGGCUGGACUGCUUUGCAUCAUGCUUCCUUGGGCGGGUACACUCAGACCAUGAAGGUCAUUCUUGACACGAAUUUGAAGUGCGCAACAGAUCAGCGUGACGAAGAAGGGAACACUGCGCUUCACUUUGCUGCAACAGAGGGCCACGCCAAAGCUGUCGCCCUCCUUCUGAGCUACGACGCUGACAUCGUCCUCAACAAGCAGCAGGCCUCCUUCCUGCACAUGGCGGUUCAUAAUAAGAGGAAGGAGGUGGUUCUUACAGCCAUCAGGAGCAAAAGAUGGGAAGAAUGUAUUAAGGUUUUUAAUCAUAAUUCUCCAAGCAAUAAAUGUCCGAUCAUGGAAAUGGUAGAAUACCUCCCUGAAUGCAUGAAAGUUCUUUUAGAUUUUUGCAUGAUGCCUUCCACAGAAGAAAAGUCCUGCCAAGACUACCACAUCGAGUAUAAUUUCAUAUAUCUUCAGGAGCCAUUAGAAUACACCAGAAAAACGUCUGCAGAGGAUGUGGUUACAUAUGAGCCUCUCACAACCCUCAAUGCAAUGGUACAACACAACCGCAUAGAGCUUCUCAACCAUCCUGUGUGUAAAGAAUAUUUACUUAUGAAAUGGUUAGCUUAUGGGUUUAGAGCCCAUCUUCUGAACCUAGGAUCGUACUGUCUUGGUCUCCUCCCUAUGACCUUUCUUGUUAUCAAUAUAAAGCCAGGGAUGGCUUUCAACUCAACUGGAAUCAUCAAUGAAACUAGCGAUCAUUCAGAAAUACUAGACACCAAGAAUUCCUAUCCUAUAAAAGUUUGUAUGAUUUUAGUUUUUUUAUCAAGUUUAUUUGGAUAUUGCAAAGAAAUGAUCCAAAUUUUCCAACAGAAAAGGAAUUACUUUUUGGAUCACAGCAAUGGAAUUGAAUGGAUUAUCUACACAGCGAGCAUCAUUUUCGUGUCCCCCUUGUUCGUGGGUAUACCAGCUCACGUGCAGUGGCAGUGUGGGGCGAUUGCCAUUUACUUGUACUGGAUGAACUUCUUAUUUUAUCUUCAGAGAUUUGAAAACUGUGGCAUUUUCAUCGUUAUGUUGGAGGUCAUUAUGAAGACUCUGUUGAGAUCUACCGUCGUGUUUAUCUUUCUGCUUUUGGCUUUCGGACUCAGCUUUUACGUCCUCCUGAGUAUACAGGAUGCUUUCAGCUCUCCGGUGCUUUCUAUCAUCCAGACCUUCAGCAUGAUGCUGGGAGAUAUUAAUUAUCGUGAUGCCUUCCUAGAACCCUUUUUGAGAAAUGAACUGGCAUACCCAAUUCUGUCCUUUGCACAACUUAUUAUCUUCACCAUGUUUGUCCCAAUUGUCCUCAUGAAUUUACUGAUCGGCUUGGCAGUUGGGGACAUUGCAGAGGUGCAGAAGCACGCACUGUUGAAGAGGAUUGCUAUGCAGGUGGAACUUCACACCAACUUAGAGAAGAAGCUGCCACUCUGGUUUCUACGCAAAGUGGAUCAGAAAUCCAUCAUCGUGUAUCCCAACAGACGCAGAUACAGGAGAGGGUUAUUAAGUAUAUUUUAUUAUAUCUUUUGCACCCAAGAAGCAAGGCAAGAAAUACCAAAUGUCGAUACAUCUUUAGAGGUAGAAAUAUUGAAGCAGAAAUACCGGCUGAAGGAUCUGACUUCUCUUCUGGAAAAGCAGCAUGAGCUUAUUAAGCUCAUCAUUCAGAAGAUGGAAAUCAUCUCGGAGACAGAGGAUGAAGAUAACCACAGUUCUUUUCAGGACAGGUAUAAAAAAGAGCAGUUAGAACAAAGGAACAGCAAGUGGAAUUCUGUGCUGAGAGCAGUAAGGGCAAACGCUCAGUACCCUUAGCCUCUUAGCAGUAGUGGCCUAACCCAGCAGGGCUUCCUGUGUAUAUAUGUCUUGUAUAUUAAACACAAAUGUACACUUGUAUGCGCUGGGUCUAAUUUCCAAUUUGGAAAGGGUGAGGAAAAGCAGAAAUCUGAUUCUGUUUCACUACACGUAAAACCCUGGUUCCUACAUCCCCUGUAAAAGUAAACUCUUUCUUUCGAUUCAUAUUUUCUGCCAGUCACUAUGUAUUGAGAAGAUCCUUGCUGGUAUGUUCACGUUGGACUUUACCUCUCUUUAUUUAAUGGGUAGAAAGUAAUUUGCUACAACACACAUUUUUAAUGAUAAGGAGUAAUAAAUGUAACUGUUAAGCUAGAAUACAAAUGUCAAUACUGGAUUCCUGCUUGAUGAUUAGAUAUAUAACAUGUAAUGCAUUACACAGUUAAUCAUUAGAUUGGGUUCUACCAUUUGGCAUCGUGUGUGUGUGUGUGUGUGUGUGUGUGUGUGUGUGUGUGUGUUGGAAGACCCCAUGGGUGGACCCCUGUGUGCUCUGUUCUGACUGCAAUAAACGGCCCCACCCUUCUUGCUACUCCCAGCACACCUGAUGUCACUUUGUGUUGAGGCUCAAACUAACAGACCUUAUGUUAUGAUAACGUGUUGUUUCUGUGUUGUUUGCCAACGAUCAUAAUAAAUGUGA